AUGCAAGUGCAGGUUCUCGGCUGCACUUUCCUCACGCUGUCAGAUCAUGAGGAAAGUACUGCCGAGAACCGGCAGUUGUCAGAGCGGGGAUCAGCACCGAUCAUCAGGGCACUGAUGAUCAGUGCCCUGAUGAUCGGUGCCCAGCAGUGCCACCCGCAAGUUCCGCCCACCUGUGCCCAGCAAUCACCCACCUGUGCCCAGCAGUGCACCCACCUGUGCCCAGCAGUGCACCCACCUGUGCCACUCUGCAGUGUCACACACCUGUGCCCAGAAGUGCCACCCACCUGUGCCCACCAGUGCCACCCACCUGUGCCCACCCACCUGUGCCCACCCACCAGU